CUUUCGUUUAGCAUCACUGUUGGCUUCUCAAACUUUUCAAAGUAUGCCCGUGAGCGCGGUUCCCUUUGUCCUAGCGCCAUGUUCAGGCUUCAUUAUGUAUUUCGCAUGUGGUAGGUUGGAGUACAGCUAAAUAUUGUUUAUGCUUUGAAAUAAGGACAUUUAUCACACAGCACGUCAUUUAUUUAAGAGCUGGAACGAUGCUAGACAGAGAAAAUGACGCAAAAUAUGAUGUCGUAUGGGUCGGAGGGGCACGGUACUCAUGUCUGCGUGGCUUGAGUGUCCAUGCGGUCCGCACUUUGCAAAAUCUUUUCCUUUCAGGCUCGGCAAAUACUCUCAGACAUCGUUCCCCAUCCUCACGAAUCGCCGGCCAAGAGUUCUAGGCAGGAGUAGCACGCUGAACUAAAUCAUCUUGUUGCUCUCCUUGACUUGCGCAAUAUUGUGUCGCUAGUACACACAUUUGUAUAUCUCUUUCCUGCUGAGCGGUGGACCAUGCCGUGGGGCUGCUGCACUGUUCGAGAUGUGGGCCCCCCGCCGAAGGUCAUCUUCGGUGACGACCUCGUAGUGCGUUCGAGCAACGUGGACCUCAAGGUGCCCCUCGUGCUUCUGACGGAAUACUUCGAGCCCGUCUUCCGCCACUACGGACCCAAGGCAGCCUUUAUCGAUGCCGUGACAGGGGUGUCGACGAGCUACCAAGACCUGUGGGAACAGGCGACCGCCAUGGCGUCGGCGUUCCGGCAACGAGGGUUGACGCCCGGCGGCAAGGUCUGCUUCCACUGCUCCAAUCACGUCAUGAUGUGGCCGACAUUCUUGGGAAUCACGAGCAUCAACGGAGUGCUCAUUAUGGCCAAGGCUUCACUGACCGUUCGAGAGCUCCUCUACCAGCUGGAUGACUCGCGACCCAUGUUUGUAAUCACUGAGCCGGAGCUUGCGCCCAAGGUCGAGGAGUGCAAGGAAUCUGUGCCCAGCAUUCAGGCAAUGUUCCUGUUCGGCGAGAGCGCCGACUACACGACUCUGAGCGAGCUGCUGGAAGAGGGACGCGCCGCCGUGACGGACCGCGGCAGUCGGCCUCCGCGCACCGACCCUCGAGACACACCGAUCAUCGUGCUCUACUCGAGCGGCACAACGGGCCUCCCCAAGGGGGUCGUCUCCUCGCACUUCAACUUCGUCAGCCAGAUCGUCCAGAGCGGGCCCAACGGCGAGCAGCUCCUGCAUUACACGGACGUGCUCGCCCAGUGGAUGCCUUGCACGCACCUGUCCGGCGUGUUUUUCACGCUGAUAGCGCUGGCUGAGGGCGCUACUGUGGUGCUACUUCCGGGAUUCCGCGUCGAGUUGCUUCUCGCUUCCGUCCAAAGGUACCAGGCUACAUUCCUUCCGCUGCUGCCGACGUUCGCGGUGAUCGUGACCCAGUCGCCGCUUGUGGAGCGCACCAACGUGUCGAGCGUGCGUACCCUCGGCAUCGGCGGCAGCGUUACGCCGGAUGUGGUCGUCCAGGACCUGCUUCGCAUAUUCAACCUCGAGACUCUCUUCCACGUGUACGGAAUGACAGAGAUGAGCGGCAUGGUCAGCGUAACACCUUUGCACCAUAUCUCGUCGGAGACUGUUGGAUAUCCAAUGCCACUGACUGAAGUAAAGGUUCUAGACCUCGAUACCGGAAAGCCGCUGGCUGCUGAUAAAGAUGGCGAGAUCUUGGUUCGCGGGCCCCAAAUGAUGCUGGGAUACCUGAACAAACCGGAGGCCACCGAGAACGCUAUCGACGCGGACGGCUGGUAUCACACAGGCGACGUGGGCCACUACGACGCGAUGGGGCAGCUGUACAUCGUGGACCGCGUUAAGGACCUGAUCAAGUGCAUGGACCAGCAGGUGGCGCCGGCUGAGCUCGAGGACCUACUCAUGCGCCAUCCAUUCGUGCGCCAGGUGGCCGUGGCCGGCGUGCCGCACCGACAGAUGGGCGAGGCGCCCAGAGCCUUCGUCGUGCUCACCGACGAGGCGCUUGCCAUGCCCGCGCACGAGGUGGCGACUCAGCUCAGCGAAAUGGUCGCCGAAACUUCAGCGCCACACAAGCAUCUCCACGGCGGCGUACAAUUUAUGGAGGAAUUACCGAAGUCGGAAUCGGGAAAAUAUCUUCGCCGGCAGCUUAGAGAUCAGUACAUGCAAUCCAUGUCAUAAGCACGCAUCAAAUA